UGCCAAAAAAAAGAAACGACCGUCCUUUCUUGAGCGCGCAACGACAUCAUUUUUCGGAGACCAAUAAUUUUUCUCACCGUAGAAUUAGCCCCGCGCGCGGCGGGGUGCACACAGAACUCCCUGGCGCUUGCGUGCAGGUGCGGAGUUUAGAGCCGCAAGAAAAAAACAUUGGGCGAAAAACGGUGAGGCUCAACCUUCAUCAGGGCGCCAUGGAGAGUGAUAUACCCAGAUUGCAUGGAGCCGCACGCAUAUAAACAAUGGGUUUCCAAUCUUUUUGACAGCUGCAGACGGCCAUGAGAAACUUUCGGAAUGCUGCGGCAUGGGGCCAAAUGGCAUGUUUGACGGUGGCCUUGAAGUUCCAGUUUUUUCUGUCUUGAAAGUGCUCGUAACACGAGCCGCGCACCAGGAGGCUAUACAACGGAACACCGCGCCCCACGAAUGUACAGGUUUGUCUUCCGCCCAAGGGGAGCCCCCGUCAGACCAAAAAAAUGGGACUGGGGCCGCAGAAACCACCACACGCCAAACCCCGGGAUUUGAGCCCUUUUUUUCAUUUUUGAAUCCGCCGGAGCGGGGCCGCUCAAUGGCCUUCUGCUGGUGGGCGGUGGCCGUGGCCUGCGGCCGGAAAGCUCGAGUAGCAGGCGCAGUGUGCAGGCGCCGGCACCCGCAUGGGCUGCGGCUCUGCAUUUAUUUCCCUUUUUUCUCAUUUUAUUUUUUCGCCCUGCAAAAUUUCAAUACUUAUAGUCCGUCGCUCCUCCAGUUGCCCGUUCCCAGCGCCCGUUUUCUUUGCUUCCACUUGUCUUGUUUUUUCCUUUCAAUUCGCUCAAUUGCGCUGACCCCAGGCCUGCCAUUGUCUCCCCACCGUGCUUCCCAGGUUCCUAAUCAAAAGGCCGAACUCUGGAUUUGCCCUUUAAUAUCCAAGCAUCAGCAUUCUCGAGUCUUGCCCCAGCCGUCUUUCCCAGCGCAACCGCAGGCCCCCGACCUCCACCCCUUCAGUUCGCCCCCUCUGUUAUCCGCAGCCGCCCAACGGAGCUUUUUUUUUUCUUUUUUCCCCGACUUCUCUCCUCCGGAAGCCAUCCGCACAGUCAAUGAACAACCGUAAGCAAUGACCAGAAAAGACGCAAAAUCACUUUGACCGGCAAGGCCCGCUCCGUGCCGGAGAAAACCGCCCCCAUAGAUGACCAGAUCGAUCCGGUCGAGAAACUCUUGAGUUUCUCCCACGUGGACAAC